AUGGACCUCCGUAAUACAUAUCCUACCAAAGAUGAGGUUUGGAACUCCACAGAGGAUAAGCGGUCACGUUUGAAGGGUAAACUAAAUCCUUCUUUGAUCGGCUUGAAACAUUUAUCUUACUUAGAUCUAAGCUAUAAUGAUUUUCAAGGUAUUCAAAUCCCCAAGUUCAUUGGUCAUCAACUUAAGAGUUUAAGGUAUCUCAAUCUCUCAUAUGCUUCAUUUCGAGGAGAGAUUCCCUCUUCUCUUGGUAACCUUUUAAACUUGAACUAUCUUGACCUCAGUUCUGCUGAGUACGAGUAUUCAAACUAUUUUUCUUCCAAGAACUUGAAUUGGCUUUCCAAUCUCUCUUCCCUAAAAUACCUCGAUCUUACAAAUGUGAACCUUAGCAGCACAGGAGUAAGUUGGUUACAUGAUGUCCUCAUGCUUCCUUCACUCUUGGAGUUGCAUUUGUCUGGUUGCCAGAUUGACGAAAGCCUUCUUCAUCAGCCGUCACCCCACACGAUCAAUUUCACAUCCCUUUUGGUCCUUGAUAUGUCUGACAAUUAUCUUGGUUCUACAUUCCCCAUAUGGCUUUUAAAUCUUAUCAGACUCAAAUCCCUUGAAUACCUAAACUUAUCUGGUAUGCGCCUCCAAGGUCAAAUUCCUCGAGUUAUUGGACAUCUAUGCAAGCUGAAGAUGUUAGAUCUUGGGCUCAAUGACUUCAAAGGAGAUCUUGAAGAGUUUUUGAGUGGUUUCUCAAAUUGCCGAGGUAAUGGGGAGAUGGUAAGCGAAAUGCAGCAUCUUCACCUCCCUUUCAACUCUCUGUCUGGAUCAUUUCCAGAAUCUUUCCGACACUUACCAUCCUUGAAAACACUGGACCUCUCUUUCAAUCGUAUGAACGGCUCGAUUAUUCCUCAUUUUCUGGGACAACUCUCUCAGCUGGUCGAACUAGACCUGUCUGAGAAUUCAUGGGAAGGAAUUCUAACGGAAGCGCAUUUCGUAAACCUCACAAGAUUAGAGAAAUUUCAGAUCAGCACAGACAUACCACCUUUGCCAUCAUCUCUCAUUUUCAAUGUCACUUAUGAUUGGCUUCCCCCAUUCAACCUCAGCCGAGUCCACAUUCAAAACUGCAGAGUGGGUCCAGGGUUCCCGGUAUGGCUUCGAUCUCAAACUCAAUUAGUUGAUGUGCUCCUUGAUAAUACUGGAAUUUCUGGUCGAAUACCUGACGAAUGGCUCUUGAAGAUAUCUUCCCAACUUGAAUCUUUGCAUUUACCUAACAAUGACAUUGGUGGAAAACUUCCUUUCCAAUUCAAGUUGCCGAAAAUAACUACCAUGGAUUUGAGUCAUAGUCAAUUUGAGGGUAAACUCCAGUUUUCCCCCAUUGAUGCGCCUCUAUUGGAAGAGUUGUAUCUUUCUGAUAAUCAUUUGAAAGGAACCAUUCCACCUUCAAUUUGCCAACUGCAAGAUAUGAGAAUCCUUUCCCUAAGAAACAAUCAAUUUUCUGGGGAGUUCCCUCAAGAAUGGAGUUUGUGGAGCCACAUAGCUGUCGUAGAUAUAUCCAACAACAAUCUUUCUGGGAAUAUUCCCAGUUCAAUGGGAAUCCCAAGUUCACUUGAAAUCUUAAAGAUGAACAACAAUCAUUUUGGGGGAGAAAUUCCUUCUUUCUUGCAAAAUUGCUCUAGUUUGUAUGAUAUUGACUUCAGUGGCAACCAACUCACUGGAAUCCUACCUAAGUGGAUAGGGUCAGAGCUAUCUAAAUUGGAAGUUCUGCAAUUGCGAUUCAACUUUUUAAGCGGAAAUAUUCCCCAACAGUUGUGCGAUCUUCAAUUCCUCCAUAUCCUAGACCUCAGCCAUAACAAUAUUUCAGAGACUAUUCCGACGUGUAUGAGUAACAUGACUACUCUACGCUCUAAAGUAUCCUCUUGGAGGUUUUUUUUUGGUUACGACGAGUUAACCACAGUUAUCAUGAAAGGAAGAGAACUUGACUAUACCAUUCAGCAUACAUUACAUAUGGUGAUGAGCAUUGAUUUUUCCUCUAAUAAUUUAGAAGGCGAAAUCCCUGAAGAUAUGAGUUCUCUUGUUGGAUUGGUUUCCUUGAACCUAUCAAUGAACCAACUUAGUGGAAAGAUUCCAUGGAAGUUCGGAAACUUAACCAAGUUGGAAACUCUUGAUCUCUCACACAACCACCUUUCAGGAGAGAUUCCCCAAAGCUUUUCUUCUUUGACCUCAUUGUCUCACUUGGGCUUGUCUUACAAUAACCUGUCGGGAAGAAUUCCUUCAGGUUUCCAACUUCAAACACUGGAUAAUUCAUCCUACAUGGGGAAUCCAUUGCUCUGUGGUUUUCCUCUUUCAACCAAGUGCCAGGGAGAUGACACAAAUCAAACGUUUCCAAGAGGUGACAGUGAAGAUGAAGAUGAUAGUGAAAAGCUUGGUUUCUAUAUCAGCAUGGUCUUCGGAUUUGUCAUAGGUUUUUGGGGUGUUUGUGGCACGCUACUCAUAAAGAAAUCGUGGAGAACUGCAUAUUUGCAAAUAUUCUUUGACACCAUCAAAGAUAAAAUAGCAGUAGCGAUUACACUGAAGAUAGCAGGCUUGCGAAGAAGAUUGUGA